CUCGCGCUGCACCGCAGAAUACGGUUAGCUGUAAGGGAGGUAGUCAGCCGAGAGCGUUCGACACCUGUUGGCAUUAGACCAGGCGUUAAACACUCUUCUCAGGAGAGCGACACAGCUGCCAGGAUGAUGAAAGAAUGCUUGCAGUUCCUCAUCGAGCCCGCCAAGAACCUGAAGGUCCGGCUCAAGGAGUCUCGUAAGAGAGCCAAGACUGGGAAGAAGGAACCACUGGUGGAGAGUCAGCUGUUUAUCAUGGAGUUGGCUCGCGAGCUCAACCGUGUGUGCCAGAAAUCGAAUGUGCUCACACACAUCUGGACCUGCGAGGACACCUGGCCCCCUGCCCUGUGCCGUGCCUUUAUCCUUGAGUGGGCAUCUGUGCUGGAGAGUAAGCAAAAGCCCAUGCAGACAGAUGGCUGGCCGGAGAGGCUUGACUGGAAGGGGCACCUUCAGGGGAUGCUGGAGCAGGGGAGUGAGCACGACAUGGAGACCUCCAAGAGAGUCAUUCUGGACUGGAGCAGGGCACUGAAAAUGCAGUCUGAGCGCAGUGUCUGGCCGGGGGAACCCGUGGUGUUGAUGCUGGAUGAUCUGGAGACACAGUGGCGCAGGGGCCGCAUGCCCAACCUGCUGUCUGCCAUGGAGCUGAUCAUGUGGGCCAUGUUAACCAAGAGCGUGGACAAGGAGUUUAUACCUCAGAUGUGGCUUGCACGAAAACAGAGGAAUCAGGAAAUAAAUGCUACCUGCUACAUUCCUCACACUGUUUGGAACUGGAUCUGUGAUGCGGCAGUGGAGGUGUUCCUUGACCCAGACACGGCAAACCCAGACCUCGUGAUCUCUCACGAUGAAAAAAGGAUGCGCUGCGGCUUCGAGAGGAAGGAUGUGCCCAACUACCACCAGCGCUUUGAUGGCUGGUGGUGUGCAGUGGGUGUGGAGGGUUUCACUUCUGGGCGGCACUACUGGGAGGUGGAAGUGGGUGAGAGGGACUGGCGGCUGGGUGUGGCCAAGGAGUCCGCCUUGAGGAAGGGCUACAAGCCCCUAAACACUCAGAGGGGUUACCUCACCCUACGGUUGGAAAGGGGCACCGAGCUGAAGGCCCUCACCGUGCCCUUCACUCCACUGCCCGCCAGCCUCAUCCCCCGCAAAGUGGGUGUUUACCUCGACUACGAGGAAGGCCAGCUCUCGUUCUACAACGUGCAGAGUCGUUCACACAUCUACACCUACAGCGAGACCUUCACAGAGAAGCUGUUUCCACUCUUUGGAACAGUGGAGAUCUUCAAAGACCUGGUGAUCAGGUCAGCAGGGACCAGAGAGCGGUGUUUCUGUCCUGGUCCCUGUCUCUGGGGCUAAGCAGUUACCCUUAGAAACCCCUUCAUUCACUAAGCCAACCCAUAUUCGUAGAGGGCAAGUAGAAAGAGCCAUGGCUGUAAAAUCCAGCAUGUUUUCAACUGUACUUUUGCUGCAUCCUAUGGUUUGAUUCUUUUAUUCCAGCUUGAUGAAUCUGAGAUUGUGUUUGUGUUUAUCUUAAAGAAAAUACUGUCACGUUACUGUUGAUUGCUGUACCCUUUUGAUCUUGCAAUAAUAACACCCUUUCUGCAACUGGUAAAUUUAUGAAAAUUUUUUUUGCCUGUUUCCUGAGUGGCUAUGUCAUGCAUUGAUUGGAUAUGCUCUGGUUAUUUACAGUUAGACCAUGAAAAUAAUGUAAACAAAGAAAAGCUUUGUAGAAAGCAAAGUUAUGUUUAUUAAGGGCAGUACAUUUUGCAUGUACUACAGGAUGUAGAUAUGUCAGGGACUAGCACUUUGGUGAAAACCUGACAAAGUAAAUUUUUUUGGUAUGUCAGCAAAUGAUAUGCCACCUCCCUAUGGGCAGAAAAACUAAAUGCAGUUUAAGGAUUACUGUCUGAGGGUUUAUGAUAGUUUAUGGUUGAAACUGUUAGUCCCACUAAAUGCAAUAGGUGCUAAUAAUACUUGAAGUUGAGUUUACGGCAGGUAACAUCAUUGUUUAUAAUAGUACCAAAAAGCGAAAGUGUAAAAUAUAGAUUUAAAAAAAAAAAAAAAAAAAAAAAAACUUAACUCCUGUAAGCUGUGACUGAUAAGGCACCAGAAUGCAAGUGUAUAAUAAUGCUGUGAACGAUGACCUAUUUUCACAGACGAUACACCUUAAGGCACUGCAAGUUAGUACAAGUGAACAAAUUACUGAAACAUGUAACCCAAACAUUCAGCAAAGAAACAAUUUAACAGGGUUAGACAAAAAAAUGGCUUUGACCUUAAAGCGCUACAGGACAUAGAAAACAGACCUUAUAUACAGAUGUUUAAAGGGCAUUAUAUUCUUUGAAUGACAGGAUUUGAUUCAGGAAUGUGAAAACAUUUAAUUU